AGAUUUUAUUGUGAGUAACUAAUGUGAAUUCAAGUGUAUAAACUUCAUGAUGAAUUCAAGUGGAAAUUAUGCACAAGAAUGUUCCAGGAAGUCGCAAAAGAUUGUCUUGCAGCUCAUUGAAUCAACAGUUACUGGCAAGGACCUACAGCACUUGUGUUGCUUCAUCACUCCUGCUCAGUUUGAGGAUGUAUGUUUGGAGCGCUGCAUAUCAGGCGUGUGUGGUUAUCCUCUGUGCAACAACAAGUAUUCUGACAACCUUGGCUCCAGACAAUACAUCAUAAGGAGUAAAGCUGUUUAUGAUAUUUCUAGAAGAAGAAAUUUCUGCAGCAAUGUUUGUUUCCAAGCUAGUCUGCUGGUGUUAAAUCAAAUUUCUGAUUCUCCUCUAUACAUCAAAUGGAAAGAUGUUAAUGAAAGAAACCUGAUCAAGCUUCCCGAGGUGUCUCAGCUCAAGGGCUUGCAUGGCGACAGAAUUGAAAUUGCAAGUGUGAAACCCACAGUGAAUGACUCAAGUUCCAGAAAAAGUUCUACACAGAGCAAGCGAUCUUCAAAUUUAAACUCCAAGUCAAGUGGGAAAUCAGAUAAACAAGCUUCAUCUCAAUCAAAAGACAAACACAGCCACCAAUCCACAAAAGAUUUGUCUGCAGACUUUGAAGUUGGGAAAAAUAGUGGUAAAUUAUCAAAAGCCCACACUCACUUGAGUACCAAGGACACUUCAGUGUCAGGGAAUUUAAAUAAGCCCGAUGCUGAUGGAUCACCAGCUGCUAUCCUGCCAACUACCAGCCCUUCAGAGGAGGAGGACGACAAACUGUCACGUGCCAAACUGCAGAAGUUGCCGUCAGUUAAUGCUGCUACAGAGGUUGAGGAGCACCUGCGGCAGUGGCUGUGUUGGCCAUCAUACAUUUUAUUGCUGGGAGAGAAUAACUUGAGACAGAAAUGCGGAUUAGCUUUACGCAAUGGUUCAGAAGAAGAUUUGACCUUCUUAAAAAGAGCUGCUCGUUUUCGCAGUCACCAGGCUGAAGCACUUGCUAAGGUGGAGGCGUUCUUGCAGGGCGCUGACUGCUACGAGGACCCUGGGCAGGAGGAGCUGUCUUCCCUGCCCCUCAUUGACCAACACAACGCCUGCUCCUGGCGACGCAAUAUAUUCAUGGAGAAAAUUGCACCCUGCGAACGUGCGCUGGUGUCCGAGCUACGGCUGAGCAGGGAGCUGGUGCGCGAUCGGCUGCGCGCUGUGGUGGAAACCCUGCACUUGACACAACACAACCUGCACCUACGACCUGCACAAUGGGCGGUGGUCACGCUUGUCCUGCUUAAAUUAGUUGCACUGAGCUGCAGGGAGUUGAGAGAGGCUUUCACCGAACAGGCUGCAGCCGAAGCAGAGGUGGAGACCAGACUUGCCUUAUUAGAGAUGCGUCCAGCGGACUUGGAAGACAUGGUGCGCCGUCUUAUGGCUCCGUCUACGUUGCGUGCAGCUUAUUUUACUUCCUUGAAGAAUGAAUCCAAGCCUGGCAAUGCCCUGCUUGCGAGUGAUAGCUCCGAAGGGUUCGACGGCUCUCGUGGAGGUAGAGGCACUCAGUUAGAAUCUGGCCGUCCUGCUGGCGCCGAGCUAGGAAAAGAUUGGAAACCCCAGGAAAACGAGAAAGAUUUUGAUAUUGUGCUGGAUGAUCUUAAUAUUUCAGAAACGAGCGAAGCUACUGUUGAGGGCGGAUAUGCUCAGCUGGAGGUUUUAGAUUAGUGUAUCAGUGCAUUAAUAAUACUCACUCAUAUAGGCACGUAUUUAUAACUUAAAAAUCGAUCGUCUUGCAUGAAAAGUAUCGAUUGAAUAGAAAUUAAUUUUUCAAGAUGCAGAAUUGCAGAUUGAACACAUGAAAUUUGACUUUUGAGAAUGAUUUGUACAGAUUUCUUCAUAUUUUAUUUAUACUCAAAGUGUCAGGGGAUAUAUGAAUAUGUUAAUAUAAAUUCGCAAUAAACUUUCUCUAUAAGGCUUUCGUUCCAUCAUUCGAGUAAAAUACUGGGAGCAUGAAUGAAGAUGCAAGAUGGAUGCAUUAUAACUUUAAAUACGCUUACUUGCUCUUUCUUGUGCUAGUGACACACAUUGACAUAGUUCCUCCAACUAUUUCAAUCUUAAACUAAUUGUGCAUCAAUGACAAAAAAGUAAGCACAAAACUGAAAAUAAUGCCUAAAUCAUAAGGGUUUACACUUGAAAGUAUAAUUGGUUAAUUAAGUUAA